CCUCUGAGGAUUAAUUUGUCAUGAGAAAGCAGACAACUUUCAUUCAGAAUUAAAAACCUGAGAAGCUGACUUGCUCCUCAGAAGCUAGGGGAGUGAGGAGGCAGACAGGGAGUGCUAGUUCACAGCCGAUUGGCUGCCAAUUAGCACAGCAGUCUAAUCAGAGUGAAGGCUCUUGUACUUAGCCACCCCCUCAGAAUGUCAAUUGGUUGCUAAAACUGACAAAAAUACGCACAGACCGAACACAGGCUUUACGCCACUUCAAAGCAGCAGUUGAAGAAAAAGCCUCAGACAACACUUUCCACUGAAGUCAGCCAAGUUGUGUACAAGUAAAAGCAGCAAUCAUGGUCAUGGGGCUGUCAAUCAAUGGAAUAAAACAAGCUUACUGCAUCAAUUAAACGCAAGGUUAUUUUGUUCGGGGUGGGGAUCUGUUGGCAUCUCGUAAGUGGCUUCUGAGGAUUUUGCACCACUUCUCAUGGGAGAGGAUUUAUUUCCACCCCUUGGCCUUCAAGAGCAAACAGUUAUCUCCUAUGAAAUAAAAUCCAGAGCAACGCCUUAUCCUGGUGGGUUCAAAUGCUUUACGUGUGAAAAUGCAGCAGAUAAUUACGAAUGCAACCGCUGGGCCCCAGAUAUCUACUGCCCCAGAGGGACACAAUACUGUUACACAAGGCAUAAAAUGAAUGCAAAGGGUGAAAGUUCAUUGGUCACGAAGCGAUGCGUCACUCUGAAGGAGUGUUUAUCUGUCGGAUGCACACAACCUGAUAAUGAAGGAAAUAAGGUCUGCACCUCAUGCUGUGAAGGGACAAUCUGUAACCUCCCAUUACCCAGAAACACCUCCCAGGCAGUAUUUGCAACGCUAUCUCCAAUAAAUCAAACAUCUCGACAUUCCUUUCAAACUGCAUUGACUUUAACUUGCAUCAGUCUUCUGUUCCUGCUUGUUGUAUAGUUGGUGCUUUUUAAUGCAUUCAUGUACAGCAUUGUUUAACAUAGUAUUUAUUUUUGUAUGAUACAUUUAUACAAUGAAAUGUCCUCUAUCCUGUAAAUAAGUUUAAAAUCUUCUAAGUUUCUCACAGUAAAUAUAAAUUGAACUGUUUUCCGUUGAAAAUAUAUGCAACUUUAAGUUUGUGAAAAGAUUUUGAAGGAGUGCAGGAAUUAUGAAAACUUGAAGUCGGUAACUGAUAUUUAUAAGUUGUUUGUCACUUAUUAUCCAUUAUACAGGCAUUAAUAUGGUCAAGAAAUAUUCAACACCUGAAGAAUCUGCUAAAUAUCAUCAACAUAACAUUUGCAUUGGCUUCUAAAGAAACAAAGUGGAUGGGAAGGAAUAUUGAUUUUCUUAGCGUGAUUCCAUUUAAAAAUGGCAGAAAGCAGUCAAUGUGAUAGUCACUUAAAAUUAACAAAUAAUCAAACAUCUUGAAGCAUUUUCAAGAUAGCAUCAUCAGAUUCAGAGAUUUCUUGAAAUAAGUUUUCACUAUUAAGUGUCCUGGGAUGUUUUUGUCCAUUGCAAAUAUUUUCUACAAUUAGAAGUUCUUCCUGUUGGAACAAAUGAUACUAUGCUGUUGUUUGACCGCAAACUGACUCAUUUCCACAUCUUUCAGCCAUGAUAGGAACAUAAUAGAAACUGGAAUUGACCAUUUGGCCCCUUGAGCCUAUUCUGCCAUCCAGUAAAAUCAUGGCUGAUUUGCUUAGGAGGCUUUAACUCUACUUUCCAGCCUGCCCCUCGUAACCUUUGAAUUUCUUGUAAAUCAAAAAAAAAUCUAUCUAGCUCAGCCUUGAAUAUAUUAAACGACCUGACCUCUAUUGUUCUCUGGAGUAGAGAAUGCUGAACAUUAACAUGCUCAGAAAAUCAAUAUUCUUUUCCACCCACGUGCAACCUGAUUCUCCUUUGACUGGAGAAGUGGCAAGUACCAUAGUCUCAAGUUCCCUCUUGCCUAUUGGGCUGUUUUAGGCAGUAGCAGAAUUCUUUAGAUUGGGAGCAAAAUUUUUUUGGAAGAAGCUCUCCUUAUUUCUGUAUUAAAUGGAAGACUCCUUAUUUAAAAUCUGUGGCCUUUUGGUUUCUAAAUUCCCUCACAAAGGGAAAUAUCUUCUCAGUGUCUAUCUGUCAAACCUCUUCUGAAUCUUUCUGAGGAGGGAUUUUCUGAGGAAUGGUCCUGACCUGAAACAUCCACUUUCCUGCUCUUCUGAUGCUGCCUGGCCUGCUGCGUUCCUCUAGCUCCAUACUGUGUUGUCUCCUCAGAAUCUUAUAUGUUUCAGUAGGGCAAGCUUUUAUUCCUCUAAACUCUGUUAAGUGUAGACUCAAAUUGUCCAACCUUUCCCCAUAGGUCCCCACCAGACCAAGCUAACAUUAUUACCCAGGACUGGAGUUUGUUUUGGAGAUUUGCUCUUUUGUAGUGGAGAAGGGAAGAAGGAGAAUGCAAAAUAGAAUUGUAGAAUCCCUACAGUGUGGAAACAGGCUAUUCUGCUCAACAAAUCUGCACUGCCACACUGAACAGCAUCCUAUCCAGACGCAUUUCCCUACCCUUGCAUUUUCCCAUGUCUAACCCACCUAAGCAAACAUCCCUGGACGCUCUGAGCAAUUUAACAUGGCCAAUCCAUCUAACCUGCACAUCUUUGGAGUGCGGGAGUAAGCCAGGGCACCCAGAGAAAACCCACGCAGACACAGGGAGAAUGUGCAAACUCCACACAGACAGUCGCCCAAAGGUGGAAUUGAACCCGGGUCCCUGGUGCUAUGAGGCAGCAGUGCCAACCAUUGAGCCACCAUGCUGCCAGCUUAAGAGGUAUUAUUGGAAGCAGUAAAUGGAAAAUCUAAAGAGGCUUGCAGAUCAACUUUUUAUUGCUUUUAGCAACCAGUGUAUAAGACAAUAUAUGGCAUUAUCAAUAAACAUAAAUAAACAAA